AUGUGGGGCAGCCGCCGCCCGGCCGCCGCCUCCGGGAACGCCGCCUCGCUGCUGCCAGUGCUGCUGGGUGCGCUGCUGGCGGCGGGCGCGCGGGCGGGCGGCGAGUACUGCCACGGCUGGCUGGACGCACAGGGCGUCUGGCGCAUCGGCUUCCAGUGCCCUGAGCGCUUCGACGGCGGCGACGCCACCAUCUGCUGCGGCAGCUGCGCCCUGCGCUACUGCUGCUCCAGCGCCGAGGCGCGCCUGGACCAGGGCGGCUGCGACAACGACCAGCAGCAGGGCGCCGGCGAGCCUGGCCGGGCGGACAAAGACGGCCCCGACGGCUCGGCAGUGCCUAUCUACGUCCCGUUCCUCAUCGUGGGUUCCGUGUUUGUUGCCUUCAUCAUCUUGGGGUCCCUCGUGGCAGCCUGUUGCUGCAGAUGCCUCCGGCCCAAGCAGGAGCCCCAGCAGAGCCGAGCCCCUGGGGGCAACCGCUUGAUGGAGACCAUCCCCAUGAUCCCCAGCGCCAGCACGUCCCGAGGGUCUUCCUCUCGCCAGUCCAGCACAGCUGCCAGCUCCAGCUCCAGCGCCAACUCGGGUGCCCGGGGCCCCCCCACCAGGUCACAGACCAACUGCUGCAUGCCAGAGGGGACCAUGAACAACGUGUACGUCAACAUGCCCACCAACUUCUCCGUGCUGAACUGCCAGCAGGCCACCCAGAUCGUGCCGCACCAGGGGCAGUACCUGCACCCGCCCUACGUGGGGUACACGGUGCAACACGACUCGGUACCCAUGCCGCCCGUGCCCCCUUUUAUGGAUGGCCUGCAGACUGGCUACAGGCAGAUCCAGUCCCCCUUCCCCCAUACUACCAGCGAGCAGAAGAUGUUCCCGGUGGUGACUGUGUAGCUCCCAAGAGCGUCAGAGAUGCAGACAGUCAGCUUGUAGAGAUGCCUUGUCGUGAGAGGCUAUCCAUGUCGGUGAGAUUGGUGGCGGGAUUCUUCAUGACAGGUGCGUUUCCCCCACACCAUAUGCAGAUAUCCCUGCCUCAGCGUUCCUGGAUGGUCCAUCCCCGCGCCUGACUGAUCAAUGGUGGGAAAGCACAUUCGCUCGAGCUGCCUCUGCUGUUUCUGGUGGUGAAGUCACAGAUGCCUGUGCCCUUAAGUGUCCCCAAGGUACAGAUGUCAAAAGAAUUGUGUAAACUGAAAGAUUAAGGGUUUUUAUUUUAUCAUUAUUAUUAUUUCUAUUUUGUCUUUAUCUUCACAAGAUUAGAAUUGCUGUGACCUACCUCCCUUUUCACUUGGGCCUUUUUUUUUUUUUUUUUUUUAAAUAAACACCCAAGGUUGAGAGGAAGACAUAAAUUACGUGGUCAUUAUAAAAGGAAACCAACUUGAACACUCUGAAAUUCAUCAUUGAUCUCAGUAUUUCACAGGCAAAUCUUAAUUUCAGUGUAUAAAAAAAUAUAUAUAUAUAUAUUUUGUGAUCAUGCUUUUUUACCUUCGGUAGAGAUCUUAUUACAAAGUGAUUUUCUACGUUAAAAGGAGACUGAAAGAAAUUUUAUAGUCACUUAACCCGUGAAGACGUUUCAGAACUCUAGGAUUAUUUUAAUCUUGAAAUAGUGGGUGCUGUUGUCAUAAAACCAUUCAUCCCCUUCUUGUUGAAUCUUUUAAUUUCCUGGCCUUCCAGGGACAUCUGAGAAGAUGCAAUAAUUUGAUAUUUUUAAAAUGGCAAUCAUAAACCAUCAAGCUGCUGCUUUUCCAAGUGACUUUUAAUUUUGCCAUGUGGUAUAGCUUGUCAUUUCGCUCUGUUUGGUUUUUGAAUCCUGAUUUCUAUAUAGUACUGAGUGCAGGUACUGUAGUUAUAUGUGAAGGUCAGUCCUUCCGCCUAGAUUUGAUAAAAUGUUUUCUUGUUUCACCUAGUAAAAAUUCAAAGAAAUGCUUUACAGUGAUUUUUAGUAUAGCCUUUAUGCCAUAAUCUGAAACUUGGAGUGAAAUGUAAAUCACAGAUACAGAUUUACUUUGCAAAUCAUGAGGCUUUUAUACUCUCACCGUCAAAAUGGCUUUUUUCAGGAAACAGGGACUUUUCAGUCAGGAGAAAAGCUUUUCAAAGAGAGAUUGCCUUUCUUCCACCAAGUUGGGUCUUUCUUCUUGUUUUCCUCUGUCCUCAGCAAGAGCUGUAUUUAUCGCCGUUGUUCUGACUUACCAAAAUUGCAAGUGAAUUUAUUUGUAUAUUGUUUACUUAUAUAAAAAAAUAAGUUUACGUAUGUGCAAAUACAUUUUCAAAUGCUAGCAAAACCAAGAUUUGUAACUAAACAAACCUUUGUGAGGUGUGGUCUUUUACACAUUUUUAUAUCUAUCUGUCUAUCUCAUGACAAUAACGUAAAACCAUUGGCAGCGAUCAGUAUCAACAAAGACACUAUAAUCACAUUUUUUUUUUUUUUGAUAACCAAAGGUGGGGGAAAUAAUUUUACUUAUUAAUAAAUGUUUUAUGGUGUGAAUUUCUAGGGGAGUUGGUUUUUUUCAUUUUGUUUCUAGUUAGUAAUUUUCCAGGUCGUUUAUUAAACUUGCUAAUCUGAUAAAAUUACUAAAAAUCAUAAAUAUUGCUUUUUAGAAGCAAUAUUAGAAAAUGAUUGCUAUCUGAGAAGUUUAUAUGUACAUGCUGUGAGUCUGUGUGUAUUUUACAUAUUCUGGUGGAAAUGUUGACAACACAAAAGACAAUUCUUUUGGGAUCAAUAAGUGUGUUUCCUACAUUGUUUUGGAUGAAGAAUUCCUACUUACCUUAAAAAAAAAAAAUUGUUGUCGAGUUGACUCUGACCCAUACCAACCCCGUGUGUAUCGAUAGAACUGUGCUUCAUAGGGUUUUUGGUGGCUGACUUUUUGGAAGUAGAUGCCAAGACUGUUUUCUGAGGCUCCUUUCAGUUAGCUGAACUUGUUAACCUUAGAGAUCGUAUAGCCUAGGGACUGGCAAUUUUUUUUUUCCUGGUAAAAGGGCUAGGUAAUAUUUUAGGCAUCGCAAGUCAUAUGGUCUCUGUUGCAGUGACUCAACAGCUCUGCCAAAGUAGCUGGAAAGCGGACAGAUGACAUGUAAACAAGUAAGCUUAGCUAUGUUCCAAUAAAACCUUAUCUACGGACAUUGAAAUUUGAAUUUCAUAUAAUUUCCACAUGUCAUGAUGUUAUUUUUCUUU